AUGAGGCGAGCUAAAGGGUUGGUGUUUUCGUCGUCCUCGGAUAGCGACGACGAUGUGGGUAUCGUGGAGUGCUCCGGUGAGAGGAAGCGGGCGCAUACUAAAAGCCCGGUUGGCAACAACAAGGAAACUUGCUCUCCACCGGCCAAGGGUAAGCCGAAAAAGGCGGCUUCUCAUGUGGUAGGGUUGGAGGAGGCGGAGGGAGAGUUGCGGCGUCAGAACGCUUGCUCUCGCCUUGCAGAGAGGAUUGUGAGGUCAUCCGGGGAGGAGGAGUUGGACGAUGUUAUUCUCCUUGGCAUUCCUGAGAUAAAGGAGCGGACGGCUGUGCGGGUUCGUCGCAUUUUUGAAAUUGCGGCGAAGUCGGGCAACCUCAAGGGUGAGUUCGUCCGCGACCUAAAGGUUGCGGCCAAGGAGGUGAAUGAGAUCGUGGAGGAUCUCGCGGAGAGAUGCCUGGGAGGGGAUGAGGGGAGGCGUCUCCUAAGGGACAAUGUUCGCCUGAGGGCCCAGGUAAAAGACCUUGGUCUGGAGCUUGCGGCCCUUAGGAGGGAGUUCAAUGAGCGCACUGCGCACUUAGCGCAGACAAAGGGACACCCCGUGUCGGUGGAGGGUCCCUCCACUCCAGAUGCCCUCCGUCAAAUGAUGGAGGGGCUGUUGGAUGGGGUGAAGGAGAGCCUAAUGGGGAGGUGA